AUGCGGGCUGCAACCGGAUCCAAACUCCUGUCCAUUGCUCCGGUUGACAACCUGGUUACGGGGGAUGAGAUGCUUGCCCAACCGGAGGUCUUCAAAGUGGACACCCCUACACUGGAUUCUUCAUGCGUGAUUCAGACUUGGGGGGUGCCAUGGGAACCUGAGAAAUUUGUGGAGGAAGUGGUCAAAGCUGGCCAUCCGAUGGACAUGGCAACAUUUCUCCCACCACGUUUGCAAUCCCUGCUGAAAAUCUAUGAGACCGAGAAUAGUUGCAACAGAGUGGACAGCCGGAUCAAAGCAGUGAAGUUCUGGCUGAAGAGAGCGAUGGAGCUCAAGUGCGAUGAAACUGAUUUUCACAGCAAACUGGAUCCGGCAGUUGCUGGUGUCUUGCGUGGCAAGCGCAUUCUCUUGUGGCAGCAGAUGCUUGAAUCAAUUGGAUAUGAGGACAUGGAGGUUGUGAACGAGUUUGUAAGCGGGACAAAGUUGGUGGGUGAAGCUCAGUCCACUGGUUUAUGGCCGAAGAAAUUCAAACCGGCCUCGCUUACAGAAAGUGAUUUGGCCACCAUUUCCACUUCACAGCGAUCAGUAUUGACCUACAAAUCUUUUGAAUUUAUGGAUGACGAAACAUUGAAUGCCGUUUGGAAUCAGACUUUGGAUGAGGUGGAAGCUGGAGAACUUUCUGGCCCGUAUGAUGUUGAGCAAGUACCUCAGGAAUACCCAUUGAGCAAGCGGUUCGGCAUCAAGCAGUCGUCCAAAGUGAGAUGCGUGGAUGACUUCACUCAAUCAUCCAUCAACGCUUGCUCUCAGACCUGCGAGUCGCCGAAGCCACAUACAGUUGACAUCCUAUGUAGCAUGUGCCUGGCUUUGAUGAAGGUAUCAAGUGAAAACUCCACUUGGGAGGCCAGGAGUUUCGAUCUGAAACGAGCGUACAGGCAGUGCGCCAUCCACCCAGCGCACUCCAGGUACAGCUACAUUGCGGUGGCUAAUCCUCAAGAGAAGCGAAUCAGGUGCUUCAGAAUGAAGGCACUCCCAUUCGGCAGUGUCAUGUCAGUACACUCUUUCUUGAGGAUAUCCCACAGUCUGUGGGCGAUUCUGGUAUCAAUUUUUCGAGUUUUCAUUUCAAAUUGUUUCGACUACUUUGUUGGUCUAGCCACUUCAUGUGAAACAACAUCGGUCACCACAGCUGUGACACUGACGUUCAAGAUGCUGGGGUGGAUCUUCGCCGAGACCGGAGACAAAGCACCACCGUUUGCCAGCGUUGUUGCAGCCCUUGGUGUGAAGAUUGAUGUAUCCCUCCUUCAUGAUGGGUGUGUCCGAAUUGACAACACCGAAAAUCGGAAAUCUGAAAUUGCGGCUGCCAUAGCCCAGAUUCUUGAUUCAGGUACCCUGAUCAGGCCUGAUGCUUUGCGGCUGAGGGGGAGACUACAGUUUGUGGCUGGUCAGAUUUUUGGCCGCAUUGCCAAGCGCUCAUUGGCACUCAUCACGAAGCACGCCUACGGAGAGUGUGGCCCAACGAUUUCUGAAGAGACACGCCAUGCGUUGAAACUUUUUCAUCAGCUGAUCAUGAUGGACGUGCCAAGGAAGGUAUCUUUGACAACUGGGAGCACCUGGUACGUCUUCACUGAUGCAUGUUAUGAACCGCAGGAUUCACAAGGAACAGCUGGAAUUGGUGCAGUAUUGGUGGAUCAACUCGGCAGAUACAGAGGUUUCUUUUCGGUUUUUCUUACGGAGGAUUUGCUGGCCAAGCUCAACAUCACCAAACGAAAGACCAUCAUUUUCGAAUGUGAAUUGCUUGCUAUCUUUGUUGCAAUGACAUGCUGGUCCAAGUGCUUGCAGGACUCACAGGUGGUGGUGUGCACAGACAAUGAAGGUGUGAAGGACUCGUUGAUAGCUUGUCAGACCUCGAGCCACAAUGCUACCCCAAUUUUGGUAGCGCUCCUCCAGCUUGAAUUUGAUUUGAGAUGGAAUGCUUGGUUUAGCAGAGUGCCCUCAGAAUCCAACAUAACUGAUGACCCGUCGCGAGGAGACACAAAGCGGCUUCUUGAGAAAGGUGUGCAACAAUUUCCAAUUGACCUUGACAACAUGUGGAAUGGCCUGCUGGAAUUAGCUACGAGGGGUGGCUUCGACCAGCACUCCAUGCCCCAUGCUGUCAAAAAGGUAGGAGCGACGUUGGAGAAGCUGAAUUUGCCCCGGCACCAUUGGUUGAAGGAGGUAGAGCAAGCUCCUGAGAAGUCAACAGUGCGCAGGAUGAAGGACCGCUACUUUCGAGAACUAGGGAAGGUCCAUGGCGAGUUGCAGAGCCUCUUUGGAGAGGAAGAAAGGAGCGCCAUCAAAGAGCGGACCCAAGAAGAACGAGAGAAGUUGGCUACAGCGCAGGAGCAGCGGGAGCUUAACAAUGAGGCUUUGCGAGCGUAUCGGAUGCUACGUCCAGAGGCCGCACCUUUCUACGAGGAAGAUGCUAUGCUUGGAAUGAAGGCCAAGAUGAACAAAAUUACUUCGGACGAGAAGGGUGAGGUCGAGCCACAUCCAUUCUUGUUAGACCCAUUCAAAGCCUACUUGCCAGUGGUCAACCAAAAGGCCUUUCUCCUAGCUCUCGAGGCAAUCACAGCCUCUCUCGCGGAGGACCUUGAAGUUCUUUGCCGACUUUUAGAGAUUGAAGAUCCACCUAAAGAGGAUGAUCCAUUGCGUUUCUACAGACUCGUGGAGAAGCUUUUCGAUCAUUUCAGAUUGAAGAAGGAUCCUGCGAAGGCAGAACAGUGGGUUGAAGAUCACUGGUCUGUGCUGGAGAAGUUGCUUCCCACAGAGGUUGCCGACUUUGGGAAGAAAGAACUGAGGCAAUGGCUUCAGGGUCAUUUGGAGCGAGUGCUACUCAACCAACAGAGAUAUGAGGAAGCUGAUCAGAAGAUCUUUCUGCACAAAGAAAGAAGCAAGGCUGUUUGGUACAGCUUUGCGGAGGAUUUUCCAUACGACGAUGAUCCAAUGCCUGGUUUGCUAGCUGAUGAGCGCAACCUGGACUUCCCCCUUGAAAAGGCUGAGCAUUUCAUGAAGCUUUUCCUUGGUAUGGUUUCCAAGAGCAAGUACGCAGAAACAGUGGCACCUGGUGUCUUCGCCGAAGAGGACAUAGAGAGAGUUGGAGACCAGUUCCAGGACUUGGUUUGGGCCCUCGAAGAGAUUGGCCUGCGCAACUGGUUAAAGAUGGACCUAGAUGAGUUGGAGCGGAAUUUGCCAAAAGAUAAACUGGCAGCCUUGGUUCGGGGUAAGAGCUCGAAUUCAGACGAGAUCAGCCUGGAAGAUGAGGAUGUUGAUGCUGCUAAGCUGAUGCUGCAGUGUGCGUCUCGAGGGAAAGCUGACCUCCUGGACUUCGAGGACGUGGACCCUUACAAGCUGCUGCAUGGAAUUCCGAGACGGAAGAUAGAUGAGGAGCUCGAAGGUCUCCCUGCAUAUCUCGGUGAUGACGACUUAAAUAAGCUGGUUACAGACCAUUGUGAAAGACUGACAAACGGCAGGCCACAAUCAUGGGAGGACAAGCAGGAAGAGUGGCUGAAAGGCAGUGCGAGAGUAUCGGAUCUCUACCAGAAGGAGCUGGAAUUUUAUCGCACCGCGGGCCCUGUGGAGUGGGCAGAGACGAACGAUGGCUACCAAUGGAAAUGGCGCCGGCCAGCAAAUACUUUCUGGGACGAAAGGCGAAGAGUCUACGUCCAAGAGCAGAAAGGUGUGGAUCCAAAUCUAAAUCUUAAAGGAUUGCGGCAACACAUGCUGGCCAUCUCUAGAAUGCGAAGCAUGUGCAGUGUGGGUAAAGUGGCCUACUUCCGUGGCGUAGUGGUGGUUGGCAAUGGCAGGGGCGUCUAUGGCUUUGGCAUAGGUUUCGGGUCCACACCAAAGGAGUGCCGUGCUGAUUCGACGUUGAAGGCAUUGCAGAACUUGGAUUACAUUGAUUACGAUCCUGGACGAAUGUUUUGCACGCCAUGCAAAGGCCAGGAAUACAAGCACACUAUGACACUGAUCCCACGACCCAUUGGACGUGGACUCCAAGCAAAUAAAAAGUUUCUCCCGUUAUUGUACAUACUUGGCUUGGACAACUGCAAGGUGAAAUUUAUGUUCAAGAAGUGGUUCACGCGGGUGCGGGCCAUCAAGCGCUGCCUCGACCAGGUAGUUUCGCGUCGAACGCUGGCAAACAUGACUGGUAAGCGCUAUGCACUUUUGGUUGCUCCUGGAGAUCACUGGGUUCACUGGCCAGAUCGAUGGUUCGACGUCACAUCUGAACCUUACAAGGGGCAAGAAGAUAUGCGGAAGCUGAUAAGGAAACAUGCACUCCACUUCAAGAAGCGAGGAGCAAAGAUCGCAGUCACAGCAGACGUGCGUCCUGGUUGGCGGAAGAGAAACUGGAUUCGCUGGAACAAUGCUCUGGAGCGGUGGCUGCAGCACCGAAGAGAGAGCUACGAGCCCGCUGCACCCAAGGCAAGUGCUCUGAAGUUGGCAAAGAGCUGAAGCAUGGCGCAUAGCAAGCUGAACAAGCUUGCACCAACUUGCACCAACUUGCACCAACUUGCACCAGCUUGCACCUUCUCCCUGAGUCCAACAACACAACCGCGGGCUGAGAGCACCUGAUGAAGCUAGUUGAUGUGAUCUAGGAAAUUUCAACAGUGUAUUUCGAGAUAUUUCGUCCAUUUUGUUAGAGCGACUGGAUGAGCUUCCGUCAAUCGGAGCAGACUCUAGUCAACGC